CUACGCAUUAAUCUCAGUUUGCGCCUACCGCUCUGCAGGAAUCACUAGUGGUGUGGGUGGCUGCGUUGUAGCGAAUGAUGUGGGCUAUACUUUCAUCGCGUACGUCUGAAUUGGAAAGCGGAUGUGAACGCACAGCCGUUUCUCCCUGCACGCAGCGCAUAUAUAGGUGCGCAUCAGUUGCCUUGUUUCUAUGAGCGACAAAUCUAACAGCAUCCGAUCAUGAAUGAUGCAUCUUUUCCGUUUUCCGAACACCUCACCGGUGAACCUCCACCGCCCCCGCCACCGUCGCCGAUGCUAGUCCCUGUAUGCAUUGAUUUGGGAGGAUGGACACAAGUGGUAUCGCCGUGCCAGGCUUACAGAUUCAUGCAACAACUUUAUAAUGAUGAAGGGAGUCUUAAAAAAUGGAAGUACAGAUGGACAGACAACAAUACUACAUUGAUGGUUUGGUCAAAAUCCGGCCAUUGGGAUCGCGACUGUCGAUCAAUGCUCCAUGGUUGCCUUAAUGUUGGAGUUGCAUUGCAAAAGCUUCGGCGUUUACAGGUGAUAGACCUGGCUAGAUUGUAGGAUGCACUACGAGGGAUUGAUGGUGUUUGAGUAAAUAACGAUACAGUCCAGCUGCAAGUCCCGUACUCUAGAAAUGCAAGUGCCAUCACUCAAA